AUGGCAGACGACGUUAAGGUCAUAAAUAUAGUACUCGUAAAUCUUCAGAAUGCUGUUCACGCAUAUUCAAUUUAUAUACCUGUAAUCCAUGCGGCCAUAGAAGAGGCAACAGAUCAGAGAGAAAUAAUUGACGAAGAUGAAUUGAAUGCUUUAUCUGCCUGUAUCAGGCAGCUCUAUGCGCUGCUCAGUUUAAUAGCAACGUGCGCUCAGUCCAUUUUACCAAGAGCUUGGACUGAACAAAUUCUAAACCUCGACUUCGUUGGUUCACAUUUCCCGGGAAGAGAUUUCUGCAGCGAAUUAGAAAGGUGUGAGCAUUUGUUUUGGUCGAUGACAGGCGAGAGCGUGGAAUCGUUUCGUCAACUGGUGCACGACAUGCUGCCGUAUUUACUCUCUUUGUUUUCUUUGUUUGAUUUCCAAUCUCACGAAAUCUCUCAUGCCUCACGAUAUCGUUCGCAAUCAUGUCCCAGAUCGGACCGAUCUCCAUAUACCGCUCAUGAAUCACGGCUCGUUCCACCUCGCCUAUACGUCUUACUUAUCUUGGAAGCAUUAUUGAAACUAUGGACUAUGGUUUACGCGUACGUUAUAACGCUAAGUUUGAAAGGCAUGCAUAAUAUGCACAGACAACGAAUUCUACUGUACAGUCAAGACAGCCCACAUUGUGUGUUUUGUUUCAGCCAGGUUAUGUUGUGUGUUCUCUAUCCUCCAGGUCGUUUCAAACAAUCAAAGCGCUGGCGUAAACAACAUUUUACUUUAAGAUAUGUUCACUAGUUGUUUAGCACAUUGACAUGAAUAUUUGUAUGUAUGAGUGUUUGGCACGCACAUUUAGGAAUCAUUUGCAUUCAUUCGAAUGGGAAACAUUGUUAAGAAUGUUUAAUUCGUAGCAAUUCGUAGCUGUUUAUGUAUGAUCAUCGUCAUAGACAACCAACGACGAUUAAUAAUGAUGAUACGCAGUACAAGGAAUGUCAUAGAGUUACUAUAAACGGUGACAGAAAAACUGGCAAGAAAUUUGAGUUUGAACUUGACAAAGCGUACCAGGGCAUGUCCGUUUUGUAG